CGAGUAGGGAGGUGUAUGCGCACGCGCAGUUUUGAUUUCAGCCCCCUCCCCGCUAGCCUGUGAGAAGCGGAAGUAGUUACCAUGUUCCGGAAGUGCUUCUGAGUGUCAUGGCGGCGUUGGUGAGAGCUGUGAAGUGCCAGACUGGAAUGCCUCAAUGGAUUACAGUAUGCAGUGGAUUAAUACAAUCAACCUUGCCCCAAGCACAGUGGGACAGAAUGCUCUAUGGCACUCUUCAGCAGAGGCAUGAGACUGGCCGACCCCAGUUGAAUAAAGUAUGUGGUGGAUUGAUACAAACCAGUGGUGCAAUAACACAGCAAAGGAGAAUGCUUCACAGCACUGAUCAGUUUCUUGCUGCAAAAGAUUCCCUGCAGCCAUCUGAAGAGAAAGUGGGUGCCUUCACAAAGAUAAUAGAAGCAAUGGGAUUCACUGGACCACUGAAAUAUAACAAAUGGAAGAUUAAGAUAGCGGCUCUGCGCAUGUACACUUGCUGUGUGGAGAGAACUGACUACGAGGAAUUCUUUCACAGGUGCCAUAUGCCUGAUACAUUGAACUCUUGGUUUCUAAUAGCCCAACUUCAUGUCUGGAUGUGUCUGGUACGAAUGAAACAGGAGGGUCGAGCUGGAAAAUACAUGUGUCGCUAUAUAGUUCAUUCUAUGUGGGAAGACGUUGAACAGCGUGGUAAGGUGAUGGGGAUUGAUUCUUUUACUCUAAAACAAAGUAUGAGAAGCAUGACAGAAAAUUUCUAUGCAGCUAUAUUUGGAUACGAUGAGGGGAUUUUGUCUGAUGACCGCGUACUGGCAGCAGCACUUUGGAGAAACUUUUUCAACAAGCACUGUGAGGACCCCAGGCAGCUGGAACUGCUAGUGGAGUAUGUGCGCAAGCAGAUGCAGUACCUGGAUGCUAUAAAUGGAGAGGACCUGCUACUGACUGGUGAAGUGACUUGGCGCCCUCUUGUGGAGAGUAAUGCCCAAAGCAUCCUGAAGCCAACUUCCCCAGCGUAUAAUGAUGAAGGACUCUGAGACCUUCAUCAGUCAAUGAACAAUGUGUUAAAUUUUCAUUCUGUGGGGUACCCAAGAAGGGAAGGAAUAAAUAUUUGCUGUUGAAAGAAUCUAUUUAAAUAAAUAGCCUUUUUGUAUUGAUUUACAUGUUGGUAAACCUGACAGCAGUACUCUUUUGAAUAUUUUAUCUAGGAUAAAUCUGCUAGUUCAUUUGAGAAAUACCUGGCUGUUGCAGAAGUAUAAAGUUGACCCUGUAGAUAGAUUCUGAGAGACAGCAUCCAUCGUUUGAAAACCAAAUAUCUUACCAAAAGUGAUAGGUACCUCAAGAACAGGGUUCUCUGCUCUUUAUCUGGCAAGAGGGGAGCAACUUCACACAAAUACAAUGACAUUACUCUUUCUGCUCCAUGAAAAGUUGUUAAACACAAGGCUGAGUUCUGCAUGUUCUCAAUGUUGAUAUACCUCUGUCCUGGCUUUGGGGGACAUAGUCUAUUUUUGCAUUAAAAUGCUUGGGAAUUGGCUGAGAAGAUCCUGAAAUGAUUUUCGAUUAAAGCCCAGUUUAGGGUCAGACUGUGACUGGCCCCUUGCACAGGUGCACAAGGAGAGGUAGGUGCAAGAGGGAGGGGACAGGGCCAUGGUGGGACUAUGGCUAAAAGCCACUUUAGAGUCCUUAUUGUUUCAGAGUAGCUCUAUCUUCCUGAUAUGCUCAUAUUCUUUCUAGAGCUGUGCUCUAGUGAUUGCUGCAGUAGAGUAACAUCGCAAUGGUCUGUUCAUGUUCUCUAUGGGAUAAAACUAUGUUCUACCCACAAAGAAGAGGUUCAAGACCUUUUCUAGUUAACAUUUUAAAUAGUUAAGCAGGCAACAGUUACCCCAACAGAAUUAUUCAAUGAAAACCUGCACCAAAUAAAUCAACAGAAAGUCAGGCUUUAUUGCACAAACUAAAGGUCAACGUGGGGUUUCUAGUUCAGUGACUGAAACUGGUUUUAUUUCUCUGUCCAAAAUCUUCAUAGGAAACCAUGUGACCAAGUAAUAGAACUGUACUUGUUUUGUGUACUUUGUAAUGCCUUUGCUGAGAAUGAAAAGAACAGUGCCCUGUCGUGUCAGAAUAUAGUCCUAAUAAACCAAGUCACCAAAUGUA